GCUGUUCCGAGUUAGCUUGACGCCAGCAGAGCGAGAGAAGAAAAAAAGUCCGGAUUUGUGUAGUUUUUGUAGGACGGGUCAAACGGCAGCCGAGAUGUCUCCGGGCGGGUGUUGUGUGCUCCUCUCAGGCCAGCAAAGUCGCUCGACGUGCGGACGAUUUCGUUCCAACGAACCGCUGUGAUUUGUUCGGAGUUCCGCGGCGAGGAGGAGUCGAACAAGUGGAAGAAAAAGCAACAAGAGUCUCGCGCACUUCGUCGUCCCCUUUUUCUCCCCCUUCUCCUCCUGCUCCUCCUGCUGCUCCUUAGAAGAACCAUGGCAUUCUUCGUGAAGAAGAAGAAGUUCAAGUUCCAGACACAUCUGACGCUGGAGGAGCUGAGUGCGGUUCCUUUCGUCAACGGGGUUCUCUUCUGCAAAGUUCGCCUGCUGGACGGGGAUUUCACGGCGACGUCCUCCAGGGAGGAGGUCCAGGAGAACUGCGUACGCUGGAGGAAGAGGUUCUCCUUCGUGUCCAAGAUGAGCGCCAACCCGCACACGGGAGUGCUGGACCCUUCCGUGUGCAGGGUGUCUGUCAGAAAGGAGCAGAAAGGAGGCAAGGCGUACACCAAGCUGGGCUUCACCGACCUCAACAUGGCGGAGUUGGCGGGAUCGGGAUCCACCGUCCGCUGCUGUCUGCUGGAAGGCUACGACACCAAGAACACGCGGCAGGACAACUCCAUACUCAAGGUCAUCAUCGGGAUGACCCUGCUGUCGGGGGACCCGUGUUUCAAAACUCCGCCCAGCACGGCCAAGUCCAUCUCCGUCCCGGGACGCGAGCACACCCUGCAGCUGGACUGCAAGGGGGAGGGAACCGCCCAACUCGCCCCGGCCGGGGGGAUUUCUCUGGGGCGGACCGCCAAGCCACGCCCCUCCGUCCUCAGCUCAGGUCUUCUGGACGACCCUGAAGGCAACCCGUACGGUCCAGGGGAGGUCUUCCGGUCCGGCCACUCUCGGAACUCCAGCUACGCCAGCCAGCACAGCAAAAUCUCAGGCUACAGCACCGAGCACUCCCGCUCCUCCAGCCUGUCCGACCUGACCCACCGCAGGAACACCUCCACCGGCAGCAGCGCCUCGGGGGGGCCGGGGGGCUUCGCCGCCGACGCGGACGGGGACAAGGAGGCGGGGCGCUCGGAGAGGCCCCCCCGGCCUCCCAGGCCCGUCCUGCCCGGCAACAGGACUCCCAGGAGGAAGCAGGACUCUGUGGAGAGUCAGCCAUCUUGGGUCAACGACACCCGCAUGGACGCCGACGACAUUGUGGAGAAAAUCGUCCAGAGCCAAAACUUCGCCGACGUCAGCAACACUGAAGACAGCAACCUGCGUCUGUUUGUCAACAAAGACGGGACGACGGCGCUCAGCGGCAUCCGGCUGGGAAACAGGGUGUCUGCCGGCGGCUACGAGCCCGUGGUGAUCGAGAGCCACUGAGAGGAAGGUCGGGUCCGCCUGGUCUUCUGGUCCGGUCUGCUUCAGCUGGUCUGACGGCGCCGGUUUGCACUUUAACGCCCCUCCCCCCCCCCCCCCCCCCCACACACACACACACACACACUGAGACGGCACCACGCUCCACCAUCUUUUAUCUUCACCUCGGAGUCCCUUCGGCCUUCCUUCGGGAGCUUCCCCGUGGGUGUCUGCUGCCCCCUGGUGGAGCAGCGACGUACCGCACACGUUCACAAGCCGCACAAGUGUCAUGGCGACCAGCCGGCUGGUUGCAGCGUUUCACACGCUUUUUCUUUUACACCAAAACUGCUCACAAGCGGCGUUUUUGCAUCUUUUAAAGGAGGAAGUAGCCAGGAUUUCAAAGUAAAGCUGCGGUUUUUAUGUUUUUAUUUUCUUUCUUUGUGAAGCUCUCGCGGUGUUUAGGGACAAACCACUGACAACACUUUCUCCCUGAAAGCCUAUAGCCCCCCACUCCCCCCCUCAUGAUCCCAUGAUGGUUUAGACCGGAGGAUGUUGACAAGCUAUGCACACAAACUUUUUUUUUUUCCUACUAGAAAUUCUAACAAAGUAAUGUAUGAUAACAAAGAUAGCACGUAAUACUUCAAAGUUCUAUAGAAUGAUGUAACUCUUCUACACAAUAAAAACUUACUCUUUCCAUCCUUGUUUUGUUUUUUUAUUUCUAAUAUUUUCACAGAAAUGUUGUGAUGUGAUAUGACAGCACAGGAUCCAACCACCAGGGGGCAGCAUUUCCCGGAAAUAGUAUUUUAAAAUGGAAUAUUUUCAUUUUUCACCACCAUCUCAAUACACUUUUAACACUAGAGCCCUCGAGACAUGAAAUAACACCCCUACAGUCACCUUAAGCCCUUCUUACCCGAGAUAGUAAACAAAAGAUAAAAUCUGUUUAUAACCUAAAUAUGUAUUUUUAAACACUAGAGCCCUCUAGACAUGAAAUAACACCCCUAUAGUCAUCUUAUCCGAGAUAGUAAACAUAAGACAAAUUCUGUUUAUAACCUAAAUAUGUAUUUUUAAACACUAGAGCCCUCUAGACAUGAAAUAACACCCCUAUAGUCACCUUAAGCCCCUCUUACCCGAGAUAGUAAAUGUAAGAUAAAAUCUGGUUAUAACCUAAAUAUAUUUUUUUCAACACUAGAGCCCUCCAGACAUGAAAUAACACCCCUAUAGUCACCUUAUCCGAGAUAGUAAACAUAAGACAAAUUCCGUUUAUAACCUAAAUAUGUAUUUUUAAACACUAGAGCUCUUCAGACAUGAAAUAACACCCCUAUAGUCAUAUUAUCCAAGAUAGUAAACAUAAGACAAAUUCUGUUUAUAACCUAAAUAUGUAUUUUUAAACACUAGAGCUCUUCAGACAUGAAAUAACACCCCUAUAGUCAUCUUAUCCGAGAUAGUAAACAUAAGACAAAUUCUGUUUAUAACCUAAAUAUGUAUUUUUAAACACUAGAGCCCUCUAGACAUGAAAUAACACCCCUAUAGUCACCUUAAGCCCCUCUUACCCGAGAUAGUAAACGUAAGAUAAAAUCUGGUUAUAACCUAAAUAUAUUUUUUUCAACACUAGAGCCCUCUAGACAUGAAAUAACACCCCUAUAGUCACCUUAUCCAAGAUAGUAAACAUAAGACAAAUUCUGUUUAUAACCUAAAUAUGUAUUUUUAAACACUAGAGCCCUCCAGACAUGAAAUAACACCCCUAUAGUCAUAUUAAGCCCCUCUUACCCGAGAUAGUAAACAUAAGACAAAGUCUAUUUAUAACCUAAAUAUGUAUUUUUAAACACUAGAGCCCUCUAGACAUGAAAUAACACCCCUACAGUCACCUUGAACUUCCCAUUACUGAAUAUCGUAGACCUUACAGGAGCAAGUGCAAAAUUUCAAACCGUUUCACUUUUGUGGCUCAAGGGCAACCAUGGUGCUUUCAAGGACUAGUUAAAAAGUGAGAAAUGUUGAUGCCAGUGUUAAGUCACAGCAAUUGUGGUGCGUUUGAUGACCAGAAAACAAGGUAAAAAAUCUCGACGAGCAACUGGUGUGUUCAAGGACUGGAUAAACGGUACGGAAUCUCAACUCAAAGUAAUCAUGGUGCAUUCGAGAACCGGUGCUUUCAUGGAUGGACAAAAAUCAACUGGUGCAUUCAAGGACCAGCAGACUGAGUGUGAAAUCUCGACGCCAGUAUUAAGGUUUACUCUUGUGCCUCACAACAAUUGUGGUGCGUUCAAGGACCGGGGAACUAUUGCAAAAUAUCGACACCAGCAACCGUGGUGCGUUCAAGGACUAGUAAAAAGUGUGACAUGUCGAUGCCAGUAUGAAGUCACAGCAAUUGUGGUGCGUUCGAUGACCAGCAGACUAAGUGUGAAAUCUCAACGCCAGUAUUAAGGUUUACUUUUGUGCCUCACAACAAUUGUGGUGCAUUCAAUGACCAGCAAACAAGGUAAAAAAAUCUCGAUGAGUAACUGGUGCAUUCAAGGACCAGCAAACUAAGUGCGAAAUCUCGACGCCAGUAUUAAAGUUUACUUUUGUGCCUCACAACAGUUGUGGUGCAUUCAAGGACCGGGGGAACUAUUGCGAGAUAUCGACACCAGCAACCGUGGUGCGUUCAAGGACUAGUAAAAAAGUGUGACAUGUCGAUGCCAGUAUUAAGUCACAGCAAUUGUGGUGCAUUCAAGGACCAGCAAACUAAGUGUGAAAUCUCAACGGCAGUAUUAAGGUUUACUUUUGUGCCUCACAACAAUGGUGGUGCGUUCAAAGACAGGGGGAACUAUUGCGAAAUAUCGACACCAGCAACCGUGGUGCGUUCAAGGACUAGUAAAAAGUAUCGCUGUCGAUGCCAGUAUUAAGUCACAGCAAUUGUGAUGCAUUCAAUGACCAGCAGACUGAGUGCGAAAUCUCGACGGCAGCAUUAAGGUUUACUUUUGUGCCUCACAACAAUUGUGGUGCGUUCAAGGACCGGGGGACGAAGUGCGAAAUAUCGACAACAGCAACCGUGGUGCUUUCAAAGGAUCGGCAAAAUAAUGCGAAAUCGCGACUCUCAGGUCCACUUUGACAGCACACAUUGUGGUGUGUUCCAGGACCGGCACGCAAAGUGCGAAAUCUCAACGCUUGGUGAACAAAAACACAAUGAGUGAAGCGU